AUGAGUCAUUCAUAUUUCACAUCAUCGGUUGCUCAUGGAUAUGUUACCCCGCACACAACUGGUAUGUCUUUCACUCCUUUGAUGUCGAAUGAACUUGGAACUCCGACUUUUGUCCGAGAGACUCAACUUUUCGACCGUGAAUCCCCAAUUGAGGUGGUCAAUUUAGAAAAAAUGAUUUCAAAUGCUAAGGGUACAAGAAAGCGUUCAAGUUGGACAAAGGUUGAAGACGAGGUCUUAGCGAAAAGUUUUGUCACUGUCAGUGAUGAUCCGAUAAUCGACAAUGAUCAAAAGGCAGAUGCUUUUUGGAGACAUGUUGCAAGCUACUACAAUGAGAAUCGCUCUCCAGGUUCAAACACUAGAAGUGCAAAUGUUAUACAGCUACAUUGGCACAAUACAAUCCAAAAAAAGGUAUAUCGAUUCAACACAAAUUACAAUAGUGUUUACAGUUCAUAUCGAAGUGAUCACAGUGACAAAGAUAUAUUAAGAGAUCUGCCGCUUUCAAACCCCCCAACAGCGCGUCGCCACCGUGAUGUCUUCGUGCCUCCCAAACCACAGGCAGGCAACGUGCACUGCCUCCCAAUUACCUACUUAAUUAACCAGUAA